UAUUUGAAUCCUGGGUGUUGUUGGAGCCUGUGUAUAUUUGAAUCCUGGGUGUUGUUGGAGCCUGUGUAUAUUUGAAUCCUGGGUGUUGUUGGAGCCUGUCUCUCGGUUGCUGUGUUCUCUGAGGGGUGACUGGCUCAUGGCCCCUGCCCGGGGCGAUGCUCGUGAGGCGUUACCGAGUGACUGACGGCACUGACAGGAAACGGCGGCUUCAGCGGCACCAGAGUUACUCACCGAACACCGGAGCGGGAGAUCGGCAGCGGCGGCAGCAUGCAGUGGGAUCGGUCCCCCUCUUCGAAGAGCAGGACCGCCGGUUUCUUCCUUUCUCUCAACCCACUCUUGCGUGAAUUGCCUAGUUAUCAAUCGCUAAUUCGAAGGGCUUCAACUGGAAAAAGUUCAACCAGACGGAAAAGCAGUGCCCCCAGUUAUUUGUUUACUUCACUAACUCACAGAAGAGCUGGCUCAGAUGUGUGCGAACAGAACAUUGGGCCAUUGCGAGAAAUGCCCCUUAGCAUUGAGGAGAAGAAGCGAAUCAGAGCUAGUCCAGAUUAUCAAGCUUACAUGUUAACAAAAUAUGAUCAAGGCCGUCUGUUUAGAAAAAAGGCAAGAUUUGUUCAAACUGUCAAGGAGCGUUUAUCCAGCCUGUACCUUUGGAAAAAAGACAUUCAUGAUAUAGAAGGCAAAUUUGGCACUGGAAUCCGAUCUUACUUUUCCUUUCUUCGUUUUCUGGUUUUGUUGAAUUUUGUGAUAUUUCUGUUAAUGUUUGCUCUUGUCAUACUUCCAACCAUCAUUUCAAAGACCAGACUUGUUAACACUACGUAUGCUGACAUUCCCUCCUCUGUAGUAGCUCAAGAGUGCACAGUGUAUGAACAGCCUAAAACCAAGCUUGUCCUUUUCUAUAGUUACAUGAUCAAUCUUUUCUCAGGAACAGGAUUUUUGGAGCAGACAUAUCUAUUUUAUGGAUUUUAUAGAAUUGAUUAUUUGAGUUCUGGCCAUUUUCACUAUAACCUAUCACUUGCAUACUUCAUGGCAACCUGCUUCUAUAUCCUACUGAGUUUAUUCUGGGUAGUGAAAAGGGCUGUGGAAGGUUUCAAACAAAGCUUCAUAAGAUCUGAAGAUCGAUUUCAAAGUUUCUGUAAUAAGAUUUUUGCUGGCUGGGACUUUUGCAUCACUGAUCAGCAUGCUGCAGAGCUGAAGCAUAGCAGUCUCCAGUAUGAACUGAAAACUGACUUGAACGAAGAGAGAAUCAAACAGAAGAUUGCAGAUAGGACGAAGAAGGAGAAGUUCAGAAUCUACCUCUUGAGAGUUUUUUUGAAUUUGGUAGUUGUAAUGAUAUUGGUCACUUGCUUUUACUGCAUUUACAGAACUACUGUUUACUCUCAACGAGCUCAUAAAAAUGCAGAUAAUGUUGAAGCCUUCACAUCUGAUCUAAUCAUUGAGUACCUACCAUCUAUUGUUAUCACAGCAGCUAACUUUAUCACACCACGCCUGUUUGAAUGUAUAAUUCAAUUUGAAGACUAUUCACCAGCCUUUGAGAUAAAGUUUAUGCUUAUCAGGUCUGUGUUUGUGCGAUUGGCUAAUAUUAUUGUUCUUUUGGUGAGCUUGUGGUCACAAAUCACGACUUGUACUGGUGAUGACGAGUGUAAACCGUGUGGCUACAACAACAAAUUGUAUCCAUGCUGGGAAACCCGAAUAGGACAAGAAAUGUACAAGUUAAUGAUAUUUGACUUAAUAAUAAUUUCAUCAGUUACAUUGUUUGUGGAAUUCCCCAGAAAGUUAAUUGUAACCUAUUGCACGUGGGCCCCAUUCAAGUGGUGGGGUCAACAGCAGUUUUCAGUUCCUCAAAACGUAUUAGAAAUUGUAUAUGGUCAGACUAUCUGCUGGAUAGGAACAUUUUACUCACCAUUGCUCCCUGGAAUAGCAACCAUCAAAUACUUCAUCAUAUUUUAUAUCAAAAAGAUAUCUCUGAUGAACAACUGCCGUCCUUCCACCAGACCUUUUCGAGCAUCAAGCUCUAACUUCUUCUUUCUGGCCGUGCUGUUAAUUGGACUUCCUCUAGCCUGUGUGCCUAUUGCUUUUAGUGUUGGAGUGAUCAAAUCAUCUAAAUCCUGUGGGCCAUUUGUUAAAUACAAUAUAUCGUGGCAUGUCAUACCAGCAACCAUCGACCGUUUCCCCAAGGUCUUUAACAAGCUUCUGUAUGGUUUGGCAUCUGAGGCUUUUGCAGUGCCAUUCUUUUUAUUUGUAUGCCUUAUCCUUUUCUAUCUGGUUGCGUUGGCUGGAGCACAUAAACGAGUUGUUGAUCAGUUAAGGGAACAACUGGCUAUGCAAAGCCGUGACAAACAGUAUCUUAUCAAAAAACUGACAAGAGAUUCGCUCCUUUUGAAGAAGAGGUCCACCACAUCAACCAUUCAGGAAAACUGAAGGGAGACCAUUUCCAAGGCAGUAUUACCUCGGAGUGGAAGCAUGUCUUAAUACUGUGAAAGAAACACAAUAUUUGCCAUCCGGAUGCAUCAUUACAAACUGCUGUCCAGUUCCACAACAUCGAAGACAGAAACAAAACCAGAAAGUGCUGGAGAAACACAGCAUGUCUGGCAGCAUCGGUGGAGAGAGAAACAGACUUAGCAUUUUGAAUACACCUUCUUCAAAACUGUCAUACAGUUACCGUUUUGAGUCCAGUAUGACAGUUUCAAAGAAGAAUUAUGCUGAACUUGAAAUGUUAAGUCUGAUUCUCUCUCCACAGAUGCUACCAGACAUGCUGGGGUUCUCCAGCACUUGUCUCAGAUUUGCAGCAUCUGCAGGAUUUGUCUUUAAGUUGUGUACCAACCAGUGUGGUGUUGACAGCUUUGCUGCAGAACUUCUAAUGAUUGUUCAUUUGAAUGUAAUGUCUCCUUUCCUGUGUCAUAGUUUUUUCAGAUUCCACUUGUUUGUGAAAUUUAUUUUAAUGCUACUACAUAGUAGACAACUGGUAGAAAUUUUACAAUCCCACAUCCACAUUAGGGAUAUUUGAACUUGAGCACCCUUAGUGAAACCUUGUUGUUGCAAGCAUAACUAGUAUUGCACUUAGCACCCAAUCUAAAUCACAAUCAAUAUAACCUAAUCUGCAAUUACUUGCUACUCACAUCAAUCCUAUCAACUUUAUAGAUCUAUCUGUGCCUUUAGUAAAUUAUCUAGAUGUCCUUACAGUUUCUGUUUAAAAUCAGUAAGCAAAACCAGCUGUCAAACUACUCUGUUUACAGCACACUGUAGCUGGAUAAUUUCGCUCAACAGCCUUGGUUUCUAAAAAAAUAGCAAUUAAGGGAAUGUUUGCCACAAUUUUGUAAAUAUUUACCAUGUACUUCUUGCAUUUUCAUUGUCUACUCUAACCUCAACAAACAAUCAGGAGAACCUUCAUUACCUACAUUAGUAACAUCCUUGUAAAACAAACUGAGUUAUGAAGAGGUGUCCAUUUAUCCAUCAAUUUAAUUAGUAUAUCCUAUUUUAGAUUGAUAGAAUCUUGUUCUAGGUUCAAGAUUGCUUAUAGUUUGUACUUGUGGUGUCCUCUUGUUUCCUUUAAUAUAGUUCCCAUCACAGUUUGUUGCUAACAUGUGUUAUUGUGAAUUAGCAUGUUCUCCAACUCAAAGGUACCAACAGUCCAGGAAAUCUGCUGGUAGCUUGCUAGAAAAUGUUGCUGUGUUACCACCACAGACCAUUAUUUACACGCUAUUCAACCAGCAAAUUCAAGAUUGCUCAGCGAGUUCCAAAUCUCCAGAAUUUGCUGAUCAAUUAAUGCAACUUUUCAGAAAUAGCAUCUUACUCUUUGAUAUUCUGUUUGUUUUUAAAUGAUACAAACCUAGCAAGUUUUGAAUGAAAUGCCACCUAAGGGCAAGAUGCUAUUUGUGCAUAGAUAGUGGUGUUAAUUAGCAGGAAGACAAAUCUGCUCUUUAUGAUGUGACUUUUAUAACACUAACAGAUGUUAAUGUAAUGGUACAUCAAUAUCAGAAAUGAAUCAAUUUGAAGUGUUCAGGCUCAUUAAUGCGUGCAACCAAUUGUUGAAAGUUUUUUUAAACUUUAUUUUCUUUCCAUUUCUUGUUCUAGUAAUCAUCUUAAUCUCAUAAUUUAUUCUCUGUUCUAUUUCUUUAGAACAUUUAACUCUUACUUACAAGCCUUCUCUCUUUUCAAUGCUGUUUCUUCCUUGUUCCUAAAAUCUCAUUGGAUCACUAGUGUUGGUCUCACUAAGAUGUCUGAGGGCCUCACUGCUCCAUUAUCAGAUUGCAGCAAGUCAUAGUGUGAAAAUGUUUUAAUCUAGGAAACGUCUUAACUGUUGACUCAUGCCUCAAACUUCCCCACUCCAGUGAAAUAUAUCCCAUCACAUCAGGUUUCAAUACAAAUCAAAAAUAAUUGAAGAAAAAAAAAUGACAAAAAAUGUUGUCUAAUACUGUGUACUUCUGAAAUGGAGCAGAAAAUGCCCUAAGUAAACAAUAUUUAAACCUUAACUGAUGUGAGAAUAUUUUCACUUAACAAUUGCACUUGUUGCCCAAGAGGGGCACAUCACUUUCACCGAAUAAUGCAAAAUAUUCCAUUGAUGCUGUUGUCAAAACUGUGUGUUUAUACUGCAAUAUUUGUGAAGACUAUCAAAUCAUUUUGAUAUAAAUGCUAAAUUUUACUAUAAAAAAUUUGUGGUUCUCUCUAUAAUUCCACAAACAGUGAAUUGUCAAAUAAUUGUUUGGUAUUCAGAACUUUAAUAUUGCUAGAAAGAAGAGACAAUUUGAUGAAACUUUUUGCUUUAUUUGCUUCUUUAAUUGGUAUUCUUGUGAAAUGUCCUGAUGAGUUCAAGACAAAACGCCUUGACAAAAUGUGUUUUUUCAGCGAUAAUGAACUUUGUCAAUGACAGAAAAUAAAAUUGGAGCAACAACGGUUACACUUGUAUUGGUCAACUUGGGUGCUUUAGCAGAAAACUAAGAAAAGUCUCCAGUUCUAUUAUUAAUCUGAGUAGGAGUUUAAAGAACAGAUUGCAUCAGAAGCUCUGGAUUAACAUGCUCACAUUUGGGAUUUUCUUUUUAGCUUUAGGAAGUGAAUUUUGAUUCCAUUCUCUCCAACUGAUCUUUUGACUAAUGCUUUCUUAACACAACCACAUACUCAUAGACUAAAUAUUUUAGUUCACAAUAUAUCCAUCUGUAAUAAACAUGGGGCCAAAUCUUCAUACAGCAUUUGAACUGCUGUGUCUGAAACUGAUCAGUCAUAAAACUGUGCAUUUCCCUGGUUAUAUCUUAAAUAUCGAUGAGUACAAAAGCCCUGUCAGAGAUCUGUGAUAAGGGCCUGCAGAAAAUAUCCCCCAUCACCCCCUCCUCCCAACUUUCUAUGCCACCGGGAUCUGUGAAUGAUGACUGAAGGUGUAUAGGGGGGUGGGUUGACAUGUGAGGUACUUAGGUGGUUCUGAGAGUAGUUAGAGUGGGUUAGUAGGGCCUGUUGGGUUUAGGGUUGACCAGGUUAGGUCAGAAAGGUAAUCAUGUCUAGUUGGAUCACAGUCAUGUUGAAUUGUCAUUGGUAGUCAGCUUGCAGCUAGCCUUGCCAGGUUAUGAAGGAUAGCAUGGUUAGGAAGGGUUGUUAGGUUGGUGGAGGCCAAGAUGUGUCAGUGUGGGUCACACUUGGAUAGUUGAGUAGAGGGUUUGUCAGGAGGUGUCAACAUGAGUAAUUGGGGAAGGAAGGGAAUCAGUUCUGAAGUUACUGAGGAGUGAGACUAGUUCUUGAUGUUUAAUAUUUCCUGGGUUACUGUUCAGAUUGGGACCAUGGGUCUGUUUGAAGUCAGUGACUCUUAAUCUGAAUUUUUUUUCUAAAGGCUCCCAGGAUGACUUUUAAACCUUCUGCAGUCUGAAUAUUGAAAGAGUCCUGACGUAUAUCUUGGAUUGCUCGUCUGAUCUCAAAUGUUCUGGAGUGGGGAGACUGUUUGGGUCAUAUUAUAUAUGUUUGCUUACAAGAUUUGUAAAAUUAUUAACUUUUUAUCUACUAACUGCAUUAUUUCAUAUUAUAUCUUCAGUAUAACAGCUUCUCCAGAAAACUUACUCUGUCAAAGAAUGCUGCUAUUAUUAUCGCAGUACUGUCUUAUUGAAUUAUGUUUUGUUGCUUCAUUUUUGGGUAUUUAUUUACAAAGUUUCUUUAGGACACAUAUUUAUGAGUUUUCAUAGCUUCAGGUGGAGUAAUGGAUUAUUAACAAAUGCAUAUUGCAAGUUAUUGCAUGAAAUGUUCCUCAAGUGUUUCUAUUUCAAGUGUAUGCAUACAAAUAUGUAUAUAUGUCUGUAAAAAUAUUAAAUAAUUAACUUUGCACAAAUAA